AUGGGCGGGUGCAUGUCAUCUGAAGCGACCGCGGUCGAGGCGCGCCGCACGUCUGACCCCAAGAAGCCGGUCGCGGCAACCCCCUCCGCGACACCAGCGCCAGCAUCAGCAACUGCGGCCUCGUCUGCUGCAUCUCCUGCCGCCGCCGCUGCCGAAUCUAGCGCGGCGCCGCAGGCCAACGGGUCCGUGCCCGCUCAACAAGGGCUGGCAGCGGCACUCAUGCAGGCCCCCGAGCCAUCGUCCUCUGCGAGCCCACGCAACAACCGCGACAACAGCAACCAGAUUGACCGCCAGCUCGAGGAUGACUCGAAGAAGUUUAAGAAGGAGUGCAAGAUCCUGCUCCUUGGCUCGGGCGAGUCGGGCAAGUCGACCAUUGUCAAGCAGAUGAAGAUUAUCCACCAGAACGGCUACUCGCGCGACGAGCUGCUCCAGUUCAAGGGCAUUGUUCACAAGAACGUGACCGACUCGGCUCAAGCGCUGGUCAUGGCCAUGAGGAAAAUCGGCGUCGACCCCGAGGACCCCACGAACCGGUCGCACGCCGACCGCAUUGUCGAGUACAGGCAGGAGAGCGAUGGCGCGCCUGUCCCUGCAGACAUCUUCCGCGCCAUCGAGGCUCUGUGGCACGACCCCAUCAUCCCCGUUGUCAUGGACCGAUCGUCCGAGUUCUACCUCAUGGACUCGGCCACCUACUUCUUUGCCAACAUUCGCCGUAUUGGCGCCGCAGACUAUGUUCCCGACGAGGCAGACGUGCUCCGCGCGCGAACAAAGACCACGGGUAUCAGCGAGACCCGCUUCAACAUGGGCCAGCUCAGCAUCCACAUGUUUGACGUCGGUGGCCAGCGCAGUGAGCGCAAAAAGUGGAUUCACUGCUUUGAGGCUGUGACGUCGAUCAUCUUUUGUGUGGCACUGUCCGAGUACGACCAAGUGCUGCUCGAGGAGAACGGCCAGAACCGUAUGCAGGAAUCACUGGUCCUGUUCGAAUCGGUCAUCAACUCGCGCUGGUUCCUGCGCACGUCGGUCAUCUUGUUCCUCAACAAGAUUGACGUGUUCAAGCAAAAGCUGCCAAAGGUGCCCCUGGUCAACUACUUCCCCGAAUACACUGGUGGUGCCGACAUUAACAAGGCGGCCAAGUACAUUCUCUGGCGCUUCACCCAGACCAACCGCGCCCGUCUGUCCGUCUACCCGCAUUUGACCCAGGCGACCGACACGUCCAACAUUCGUCUCGUGUUCGCGGCCGUCAAGGAGACGAUUCUCCAGAACGCCCUGCGUGAUUCCGGCAUUUUGUAA